AUGUCCAUCACGAUGAUGUUCUUCGUGCUAUGGGCACAGGCGCCGUCGAUCGAUGACGUAGUUCUGUACUCUCCAGCAAACGAGGCGAUUGAAUCCAUCGGCAUUAUACGAUUCAAUGGAACUCUGGGCGCCCAUUCUAUAUAUAGUGGCCCCCCGUCUCCAGAAAUCGACGCCGCUUGGAAUAGGAUAUCUGUUGAUGCGCGUCCAGUUCGUAUGACGCUUGAGCAACUGCUCAGAACACGGGAGAAACCUUCUCCCUCCAUGGCUAGGUAUCCGGACGAAUACGGUGGAGGCUACAUGGCGAGUGUAGAAGUCAUUCACCAGCUCCACUGCGUAGACAUGCUUCGCAGAGUCACCUGGGGUGACCAUAACAAAUCCUCGAGUCAUGACUUCCACAAAUCCACUGGAAGUUUCCGCAUUCAUCUCGACCAUUGCAUCGAAAUGAUCAGGCAGAACAUUAUGUGCCGCAGCGACGUGACGAUGCUCACUUACGACUGGGUGGAGGGAGUCAAAGAACCUUUUCCUAACUUCAACAUUCUUCACCGAUGCAGAAACUUUGAGAAGGUCUUGGAUUGGAUUGAUGAGCAUCGUGUUUUCGUCUCUAAGUCCAAGGUGGUCCGCUUGGAGGAUAACGUGGACUUGGCUUCCCCUCCUUGAUUGCAGUCUCGAAAUAUUCUCUUCAAAGCUCUCACGUAUAUCACGAUAUGACGAAUGUAGUACUAGUAGACCACCUACGAAUGUUGCAAAGUCGAAUGGAAAUACUAUCUCUGCUGAAUGAAUCAAUAAUAU